AAGAGUAACAGGGUUGUGGCAGUGAAGGCAUUGGAAGCUUUAGUGUCCAGCUCGGAAGACUCGAAACAAGUCCUUACAGCCCUAAGGUGUUUGAUGAGACUGAAACUGACACUGAUGGAAGCCUCUCCUGAGAAUAAGGAUGAUGUUGAGACGCUUCUAUCAUAUUUGAAAACUGCUGUGUCAAAGGUUACGGCAAUGUCAAAGGAUUCCAGUUGUGAUCAUCAGCUGGUAGCGCAGGAAGCCACUUGGUUUAUGAAAAUAGCUUGGAAUUUGGCAUUGCAAAGUACAGAGAUGAAUCAUCUAGUUAACAGUUUCUUCACACUCUGCUGUAAG